AUGGCUGGGCGAGUGUCUAGCGAGGAGCGCGAGACGAGCUCGCCGAGAAAUGCCGAUAACCUAUCACGCCAGAUCACGUCAACAUCCACGUCCGAACCAAGUAACGACGUGGCCAAGGAGAAGCUGGCGAUAGAGGAACGGCUAGUCGCCAAAAUGUUCUCCUACGAAAUUAUCUGUUUCCUCUUUACGAUUACUUUUACCGCUAUGGCUGCUCUGCACAGCUCACCACCCAGACUCUCCAGGCCUCCCAUAGCGAAACCUUUCUUUGAUCAGAAUUCUCUGAUAUUGGACUUCUAUAAGGGUCAUCUAGAUGCGAUGAUCGAGAGGAUAACGCAAGCGGAUUUCAGCUUUGUUAUGUAUUAUGCACCCUGGGAUGCGGAAAGCCAGGCGCUUCGACAUGAAUUUGAAAGCGUUGCUCGGUUUUAUCAUCCACAGAUAUUCUUCGCAGCCAUUAAUUGUUGGCAUCCCGAUUCAGAAUGCAGAGCGCAGUAUAAUAAAAUCCAUGGUUAUCCAGUGUUGAUGUUGUAUCCAUCCAGAGAUUCUGGCAUUAAUUACAGAGGAAUUCGUACAGCACCAUAUAUGAUUCGUUUCCUCGAUGCACUUAUGAAUCCUAUUAUUAGAAUAACACAUAAAGAACAACUAAUGGAAUUAUUAGUUGCCUACGAUGCAGUAGUCGUUGGAUAUUUUAAUUUUACACGAUUGGAUAGAACUCCUGGAUACAAGGAGUUUUAUAAAGCCGCAAUACGGUCAUUGGAAAGAGAUCCUAAUAGAGAAUUGGUAUUUGCUAUAGUGACUAGCGCAUCAUCCAGCAAAUUACAUUACGGAGUCUACAAGUUUCCAUCGGCAAGCUUGCUCAUGUGGAAUGAAUCUUUAAGCUAUCCGGAAGGCAAUGAGUGGACUUCUGAGAACAUCCUGAAUUGGAUCAGCAAUUCUGUUCAUCAACCGUCUCUCUGGCUACAGCCGCCUGGAAUCAAAGCGCUCACUCUUGCGCCCUAUCUCCGUGAAGGACCAGUUUUAUUUCUCUUUACACCACGAAAUCCGCUUCAUACGGAAAAUUAUGUUUACAAUCUGAUAAGAAAGAUCGGCUUACAGUAUUACAACUGCGCGGAUAGUAUGUCGGUGAAGGAUAUAGUUGCACGUCUUGAAGCAAAACGACGUACAGCGGUGAUCCGACACUUUUCUAGGAAUCAAGAAUGCGCCGAUCUAAAGAAAAACAAAACUUUUACUAAGCAAAUCAAGGAAUCAGUUACUAGCAUAUCGAUUCAGCAGUGGAUCAACAAUAGCUGUUGUGCGAACGUAGCAAUGAAUAAAUGUCUUUUGUGCAAGACGAAGGUGAUGAAUCCAUUAGAGAAAGAAAUAUGUACAGUCAUUUCUAAAAAAUUCGAUGAUGUUUGCAAAGAUACCGAUGUAUUUACAAUUCCCGUUAUGAUUGGACAACAUGAGAAACAGAUAUAUAAUUAUAACAAGAAUUAUGUAUCAAUAAAAUUACAGGAAGAGUCAAAAUUAAAGAAGCUGCAUGCAGGUAUAGAAUAUAAACCAUCAUUAUUGAAGGAAGAAACCGAUUCGCGAUCCGCAAAUAUAGUGAGGAAAGGUUUUUUAAAAGAGAAUUGCAAAAAAUGGAUGGCUGGAAAUGAUUACCAUCCAUCAUUAUUCCCGCGAGAGUUUCCAAGGCAGUUUAACAUCAGCUUAAAGGAAUCGGUUUGCAAAACCAACAAGACAUUAGCGUUGAUAGCUAUCGACAGUUUGCAUUACUAUCAUUUUGCAGAACAUCUGGGAAUUGAUAUUUCGAAGCAGAAAAACAAAACCACCGUCAUCAUCUUGGAUGCUGCGUUGGAGAGCCAGUAUGUCAUGCAACAUGAGUUCAGCGAGUACGCUCUCGUUGACUUCAUAAACAAUUAUACGCAAGGUUUAUUACAGCGAACAUUGCGUUCGGACAAUUCAAAGCAUUACAAAGCAUGGAAGUUGCUUGAUGAAGACAGCAACAAUACUGCAGAUUCGCGUCCGAAGAUUCGUGUGCCAGAAUUGACAACGAAAACAUUUCUGCAUACUAUCUUGGAUCCAUCUAAGGACGUUGUUAUAAUGUAUCAUUCCUCUUAUUGCGGAUUUUGCAGUGCUAUAUCGUAUGUAUACUUAACAGUGGCAUAUUACUUAUCCAAUAUGAAUCAUCUGACUUUUGUCAGAGUUGAUGGAGACAACAACGAUUUGCCUUGGGAGUACAGUAUGAAUCGUUUUCCAUCUAUUUUAUUCUUUCCUGCGAAAAGAAAGGAGGACAGUACUGUGUUUCCAUUUUCUGUUCCUAUUACCAUUCCAAACUUGCUGAACUUUGUGCUGGCGAACUUGAACGGUGAUUCUCACGUCGAAGCUCUGACCAAUAUCUGUCAGGUGGGAACUGGUGAAGCGCCGGAUAAGUGUAUUGCUAGAACCCGAAGGCUGUGCUUAGAUAUUAUUGAGCAACUUCUGCAGGAUUAUAGGAAGUUAAGGCGGCAUCUAAACUUCCUAAAUAAGAAAAUUGCGCGCAAUAAACGUAAAAUUAUUCUACUCAAAUUAGAGCAUAUCAGGGACAUGAAUUUUAUUCUAGGCUCUACCGUUGAUCUUAGCAAGGAUCGAAAGAAGGCGCAACUGAUUAAAAGAAAGUUUUUUAAGUAUUACAACGUUAUUAGGUCGCUAGAAACAAACGAGAAAAUAGAAAAACAAAGUUACGAAUUUCAGGGUGUUGUACAUGCAGCGACUAUUAAACGAGAGAGAAUAAGAAGCGAAUUGUGAUAUAGAUUUCGCCUUGCGAAUCAAGAUACGUCCACGUGACGAUAGAUAUUAGUAUUUUGGGAUACUUUCAACUAUAUAACAGAUUUACGCCAAAUUGUGAAGGGAGAAGUUUUUUGCUCGAUCUAUCACUUUUUAUAAGUAUAAUAGAAGCAAAAAGUAAAUUGAAGUAAAAAUCUAGAACUGAUGGCUAUAGAGUUAUCCUAACUUUAUGCGGUCUCCAGUGAGAGUGCACGAAAUCGAUAAAUACAAGAUCGAAUAAUGUAAGCAUAGAGAGUAUCAACGGAAUAUAAAAGCAGAGUAUCUAUUUAAGAUCCUAAAGCAUGUACUUCUUCAGAUGUAAAUGCGCAAAGAUUUUGGAUGUAAAACUGUUAAAUGCGCGAUUUAUAUUCUCGGAUGCGCAAAAUUAUUGUACGCGCGCGAGGCUUUAAAUACACUCUUGAUUUACUAAUCA